AUGACCGUUGAUAUAGGGUUUUGUGAGGUUUGUGGUGUUGGUCUUGUUGUUUUGAUUUGUAUUGAUGUUAUUUUGAAUAAUUGUGUCGAUGUUGACAGAUGA